UUUAUUAUUUCCGUCGGCUGUGGACAGUGAUGUCGAACCUUCUCGACAGUGGUUAUCAGAAGAACACGUCAGUUCCAACAUUGCACAACGGUUGCUCAAGUUAGCUGCACUGUAUAUAAACAUGAAAACAACCCGACAUAAACAAGGGCUGUCAGUCAGAGUGGCAGUGAAAUUUGUAGGGACAGGCAAGUUCGAAGGCAUCGUUUUCGGUUUUGCAAAGCAGAGCUUGGCUAUUCACUCCUGAUUAUUCUUAUUAUUUCCAAAUUGCUAAAAGAUAGGCCUAUUUACAUCUGAAAUACAGGAUUGAUUUGCAGUAAUUGCCUAAAUUUAAACCGGCAUAUGCAUGGAAAGCUCAAGUGUUUGCAUGUAAUGUGAUUUGUCUACUUGUAAAUAUUGACAAAAACGGAAUAGCAAAAGCCAUAACAACGGUAUAAUAUAAAUAUUAAUUAAUUGACAGUGUGUGUAUUUUUAAAAAAACAACACCUUUAAUCUUUAGAAAAGUAGGUGGUAGUUAUCACACAGAAUGCCAGAUUGUGUGUACCAUACUGACAAGGUCAAGUUUGAGAGUGUGAGGAAAGACCUGCAAAAACUGCAGAUCUUACCCAAGAAAUAUGGACCUCGCUUGGCUAUGACUGUGUGCACCUGUCGAAAGAAUGUGAAGAAAGGUAAUUAUGAUGUACACAGCCUGGAAAUAACCCGUGGAGAGGUGGCCAAAGUAUACGACGAUGUGAACCUGCCGAAGUGGGAUGCUUACCCCCAAACUAAAGACUUUGUUAGUAAUGUGUUGUCUACGUACUAUACUGGACUAAGCAAGAGGAAGCUGCUCUGUGUUCUGGUAAAGGCUCUUGACAAUGAUUUUAAUAUCUUCGCGCCGGAAAUGAGACUGAAACCGAUCAAAAAGAAAGAACACAAAACGUCCCCCUCAGCUGUUCAUUAUAUCAUCAGGAAGAGGAAGAAGUCCUGCUCAAUCAAGACUGACGUCAUCCUCCCAUUGUUUGGAGGGAAUAGCAAGUCUCUUGAACCGGCUACUGGUAAAGGGUUUUGUGAAGUGAGUAGAAAGUUUGACUGUGUGGUUCAGUUUGAUGGAGAGAAGACGAAGAUGUUUAUGGACAAAGGACAACAGAAGACCAUGGUUACUGUGUGGUGCAAGUCGCAGGAGAGUCUUGGAGAGAUCAGUCAGUAUUUGACGGCUGCUGCCAUGAAGAUUCAGGCUGAGACGUCCAGAAAACAUGAACAGGAACACCGUAAAAGGGUUGCUGCAAGGGAAAUCAAAAAGUCUAUCCACCUUAAAUCCAGUCCUGGUGACCAAACGGCUUAUCAGUUUGAAAUGGAUCGGAAGGAUAUAAUGUCUCUGGACUUUGAGAAGAAAGUUAUGAAGGAUGAUAAACAUAAAAGAUACCAGCUUUGUGGCAAGGACAGGUUUGACCCCCUAGUCGGAGGUCACUGUCUGAACUGCCUCAAGACAUACGACUCCCUGAAGGAGAAUGGUGAUGUUUGCAGGUACCACAAAGGUUUCAUAUUUUACUGCGCCGAGGAGAGGUACUACACGUGGAGCUGUUGUAGUUACAGUGUACAAUACUUGAAGCCAACUCAUGCUGAACACUCCGUCAGUGGAUGCACUGAGGGCCAGCAUGUUUGGCGCCCUCAUCUGAAGGCAUCAAGGGGAGACAAAUCGGAGAACAAACAUUGGAACCAGGUUCUCAGGAGCUAUAAACAUUAAAAUGAAUCAGAACAUAAAUGGUCAAUUGCCUGAGCUGCAAACCGGGCCUUGGAGGUAGUGUGAUCCAUGGCCACACUGAAGGACAGGGGGCCCAGGUGGCCCAGUGGUGUAGACGCUGCAAUUUGCUGUGCAGAGUUGUGUCCCAUGGGCACACCAGGUACCUAAGAUCAUGUGUUUGAAUCCUGGCCACACUGAAGAGCAGACUUUUGACUGUGAGAAGCUGAAAUAUAUGCACAUCUGUUAUCAGUGUUGUAAAACUCUCGUACAUCCUACUUGCUACUGGUGGAUCCAGAUGGGGGAUGCUGUUGUGCCCCCCGUCAUUCAGACACCCUACAUAUUUUGUGUGCACUCGGCCAAGUGACUUGGUGACAUGGGUAAUCUAUGCACCCCCACCUUUUUUUCAAAAUCCAGGAUCUGCCUCUGCUUGAACUGUAGAGAGCUUGGGUAGAGCUGAUUCCUAUAUGGAAUAGUGAGUACAUACCCGGUGUGCACUUAUCGGGUGAUCUGCAUCUGUUUGAUUGUGCUGUUCGUGUUGGGGGCUGAGGAAUAGGUAGUGCUGGGCAUAGUCAAAGGUCACUCUACGUACUGUCGAAUUUGAAGAGGUUUAAAUUUAGAUAGGACCUUCUCCCAAAUUCAGGUCAUUAUUGAGUCCAUCUUUCGUUGGUUUCACCAAAGUCGUCAUAUGUUGAGUCCAUGUACGCUUAUCAGAGGGGAACAAAGUAUGUGAUCUGGACUACCAGUUGUCAGACUUCAAUUUUUGCGAAAGGCUGGGUGGCUGAGUUGGUUAGAUCGCUGACUCUAUGUGCUGGCAAUUAGGUGCCUCACUCUGUGUAGGUACAAAUCCUAAUUGGGACUCAACCCCCAAAAGUACUAGUAUUUGUACCUUACUAAGAAAGUGUUAUCCCAAAUAUAACAUUUCACUGACAUAUGUUCAUGGUAUUGUAUUUCAUGUUGAAUGACUGUUAUAUGUACAUGUGUUAUGACUUAUUUUUAGAGGUUUUAAACUAUUACAUUCAUGUACAAAUAAAACCUGUUGUUACCAUGGUUACAGUA